UCUUAAAACCCUAGGUUCCCACCACGCUGCGCGCUAUAAAUAAGACCGACGCGUUAACCCCUUCCGCUGUCGCCGACUCCUUCGGAGAUGUCGAAACGAGGACGAGGAGGCACCGCUGGAAACAAGUUCCGCAUGUCGCUGGGUCUUCCAGUGGCGGCGACGGUCAACUGUGCCGACAACACAGGGGCCAAGAACCUCUAUAUUAUAUCCGUCAAGGGGAUAAAGGGCCGGCUAAACCGGCUUCCGUCUGCUUGUGUCGGGGAUAUGGUGAUGGCUACCGUCAAGAAGGGUAAGCCGGACUUGAGGAAGAAGGUUAUGCCUGCUGUCAUUGUCAGGCAGCGGAAGCCGUGGCGCAGAAAGGAUGGUGUCUACAUGUACUUUGAAGAUAAUGCUGGAGUUAUUGUGAAUCCAAAAGGAGAAAUGAAAGGUUCUGCUAUCACAGGACCCAUAGGGAAGGAAUGUGCUGAUCUGUGGCCUAGAAUUGCCAGUGCAGCCAAUGCCAUCGUAUAAUGGUGAAGGCUUAAGUUUUUCUUUUUCCCAUUUUCCAAUCUUUGUGCUCAAAUGGAAUUUUGGA